AUGUCUGUAAUCAGUUCUCGUGAUGCGCCCUUCGGCCAAAUCUGUCGAGUGGUCUUAGGCCCUCACUUAUUCCGAUAUCCAGAUGAGAAAGAAGGGUUUCAAUAUCAGUCGCCCAAGCCAGUAGCUGGAGCACCGUCUACACAGGAAUCAGAAAGUAAAACACUGACGCCAGAGGAGAGGAGGAGCGAGGUAACAGAUAGCGAUGGCAACGUGGAAAAGGCUGAGCCAACUCCUGCGCCAGCAAUAUCGCAGUCAGGGUACGAGUCGGUUAGUUGGUACAGCGACAAUGAUCUCGAGAAUCCACAGAUGUGGUUGUUGGCAAAGAAGACGGUAACCUUUUUCCAGAUCUGUCUUCUUACAUUCUCAGUGUACUCGGGAUCUGCCAUCAUCACCCCAGCCGAGCCGGAUUAUGUUGAGAUAUUUGGUGUUUCAACUCAGGUGUCUUCUCUAGUGUUGUCGAUGUAUGUUUUAGGAUAUGGGGUUGGACCGUUAAUCUUUAGUCCAAUGUCAGAAGUCCCUCGACUUGGACGGAAUAUCCCUUACUUCGUAUCCUUCUCCCUUUUUAUUAUCAUCACCGCUAUCGCUUCUCGAGUUUCGAACUUUCCUGGCCUUGUCAUACUACGCUUCCUGCAAGGUUUCCUCGGCGGUCCUGUCCUCGCGACUGGAGGUGCAUCCGGUGCAGACAUACUAUCAUUCCCAAAGAUCCCAUAUGGUCUUACAUUCUGGGGGUGCGCCACAUUGGCCGGAGCAGCUCUCGGGCCACUUUUGGCUGGGUUUUCCGUGCCACUAAGCUCCUGGAGAUGGUCCAUGUAUGAACUCCUCAUUCUAUGCGGCUUCACUUGGAUUCUUUUAUUCUUUUUCCUACCGGAAACAAAUGCAGAUUUUAUUCUCUUGUAUCGAGCCCGGCGUCUGCGAAAAUUAACUGGUAAUGAAAACCUGAGAUCGGAGUCGGAGAUCAAGCAAGGCAACAUCCACCUCCUGGCGCUUCUAGGUAAUUAUUUGACUACACCAUUCAUGGUCACUCUGAGGGAUCCGUCGGUUGCUUUUAUCAAUCUCUACACAGGUCUGAUUUAUGGUAUAUUUUACUCUUAUUUUGAGUCUUUCCCGAUUGUUUAUACUCAAAUUCAUGGCUACUCUAUAGGCAUAAUGGGGGUCAUCUUCCUCAGCGUCAUUGUUGCUUGCUUCUUCGGAGCUGGUACCUAUCUCGCUCUAGUCAAAUUUCACUACGAGCCGUAUACUAUGAAGUUUGGAAUUGGUUCUCCAGAGCAUAGACUUCUACCUGGUGUCAUUGCUGGGCUUAUAGCUCCUUGUGGAAUUCUUAUCUUCGCAUGGACAUCACGGGAAUGGAUAAGCUGGGUUGGGCCUACCGUUGGCAUUGUUCUUUACAUGUCAUGCGUGUUUGUGCUUACGAUGUGUAUUUUCAUCUACCUACUGAUGAGUUACCCUCGGUAUGCCGCGAGUCUGUUCGCUGCUAAUUCGUUCCUUCACAGCGCAUUGGCUUGUGGUGCUAUUCACUUUUCACAACCCCUUUUCAAUAAUCUCGGCGUUGCAAAGGGAUGCACAGUCCUCGCUGGAUUAACGUUUGCUUGCCUCUUUGGUAUUUUGGUGCUAUGGAAGUGUGGGGACAAACUGAGAGCAAGAAGUACAUUUGCCCAGCUAGCUUUCCUCCUUUCUGCAUGCUUAGUUAUCAGGUCGUACAGCUACCCAAUGGGAUAUUGGAUUGAGCACCUUCACAAGCUCCGUGCCGGCUACGUCCUACAGUUAGGGCUUUGCGCUCCUUUGCCGCAUGAAAGCUCCCCUCGACUUGGCACGUUGGUUGAAAUAUUCCCGUUAUCCUCUCUAUCACAAGCAAGUACGCAUACUAGGGUUAGGGCUAUUAUCUUAUCGGCGAUUGCGCCAUCCCACGAUAAGACGGGUCAGGCACCGAUAAGAAAGAAAAAAAGAAGGUACCCCGCCAGCCCACCAAUGACAGCCAAACGACAACUCUGGGAUGAUUGCACUCCAUAUACCGAACCAUUGAAUCACCGAAGCAGAGGGCAAGAAGGAUGGCUGCUCUUCCCAGCGAAUACAAGGGUCCGCAUCGCGGUUAUUGGGGGUACCGGGCUCCAAGACCUCCCCGGCUUCACCAAGGUUGCCUCCCUCGAUAUUGAGACACCCUGGGGAAAGCCUUCCUCCCCUAUCACAAUCCUGCACCACCAAUGCAGCGUCUCCGGCAAGGAUGUCCCCGUCGCAUUCCUCAGUCGUCACGGCACACACCACCAAAUUGCGCCUCAUGAGGUACCCAACCGAGCCAAUAUCGCUGCUUUGAGAAGCAUCGGUGUCAGAACAGUCAUCGCAUUCUCGGCUGUCGGCAGUUUACAAGAAGCUAUUAAGCCGAGAGAUUUCGUCGUGCCGGAUCAGAUUAUUGACCGUACCAAGGGCGUCCGACCAUUUACUUUCUUCGAAAGCGGAGUUGUAGCCCAUGUGCCAUUUGGUGAUCCAUUUGAUGAGAAUGUAGCCAAGAUUGUGCGGGAGUGUGGACACAGUCUUGAGGGCGAUGGUGUUAUAUUACACGACCGUGGAACAUUAGUCUGCAUGGAGGGCCCUCAGUUCUCCACUCGCGCUGAAAGCAACAUGUAUCGCUCCUUCGGCGGUUCCGUCAUCAACAUGUCCGCUCUCCCCGAAGCCAAACUGCUCGCGAAGCGAACUUGCAUAUCAAAUGAUUUGCAUGUCGACGACUACGACUGUUGGCACGAGGCUACUGCCGACGUUACCGUUGAGAUGGUAAUGGGUAACAUGAAGGCUAAUGCAGUUAAUGCCCGACGAUUUGUCGGCGCCGUGCUUGAUGCGUUGGCUCUUGACUCUCAUGCUGAUACCGUCAAUGCUAAACAUCUUGAAGGAGGAGUUAAGUUUGGCAUUAGUACCCCGCAGACUGCCUGGAGUGAGGAUGCGAAGAAGAAGAUGGAUUUUUUGUUUCCUGGCUACUUUUAG